AUGUCCCUCUACCACUACUACCGUCCAACCCAACACUCUCUUUUCAAUGAGUUGAUGAGAGAUUUCGCUGGAAUUGAUCGCAUUAAUAAGAAUUCCUCUGAGAUCAGCAAUACCAAUGAGAAAUUCGCCAUCAAUCUGAAUGUAUCCCAAUUCAAACCUGAAAACCUCAAGAUCAAUUUGGAGGGAAGAACCCUGACGAUUCAAGGAGAUGAAGAGGUCAAAAAUGAGCAUGGAUACUCGAAAAAAUCAUUCUCGCGAGUGAUUCUCCUACCAGAAGACGUCGACGUCUCCGCGGUUGCAUCGAAUCUUUCGGAGGAUGGAAAACUUGCGAUUGAGGCGCCGAAGAAGGAAGUUGUUCAAGGAAGAUCGAUUGAGAUUCAGCGAAAAGAGGCAGUGGAGGAGAAAGCUCAGGAGUAA